GAAAAUUGGCGCUCAUCUUUUCCCCUCAAAUUCCAAUCCCUCUCUGUCCGAUCCAUAAAUCAACCAUGGAAAUGGCGACUCGCCUCACCGACUCAGCUCCCAUCACGCCAACCAUCUCCGAGUCCGAGAAGGCCUGGUACCUUUUCUCACUCCUCUUGCAACUCGGCCGCCCGACUCACCUCUCCGAGCUCGCCUCCCGAUGCAAAUUGUUCCCCGCAUCGCCUCACCUGGUCAGAUUCCUUUGCUCCAUCCCGCGCUCUCCCCUCUACUUAUCGGGCCAGCUCUAUGUCACGCCGUCUCUGGCUUCAUUAGCAACUUUCCUAGAGUUCUUUUCAUAUCGCAGUGCCGGGGAUGCAGUGAGAGUCUGCUUGGGGAAGCGGAAACGGGCCGUUUGGGAUUUCGGAUUUGGGCCUCCGGCAGAAAAGAGAUUAAUUCUGGAUUUUGGAAAUGUGAAUGAAGAGUGUAGAUCGCGGAAGGCAGUUGGAAAUACUCGUUCGAAGUCACAUUCUCAUAUGGCUGACUACUACUUCUGCAAAUACAUAAAUACGCUACAAAGUUGGAUGACACUAACGGUGAACAAAUCGAUGUUAAGUUCUUCGUUAUUUAUCGAUUACAGAACCGAACAAUCAAGUUCAGGACUGAACAAUGUUGAUCAUGUUGAGGAGCAAGAGGAGGGCACCAAUAUAAUUGUUGAAACGAAGGUUAACAGGCCGGUAAUGGAUUGUGUAGCUGGUUUAGAACCGGUUCUUUCAAUCAUGGCAUCCGAUGAUUUAGUCCUUUAUGAAGGAGCUAACGUACAUGAGAUGGACCGCAGUGGGUAUUUUUUUCUGAAAGAAAUGAAAGAGAACAAUAUAUCACCAGUCGUGGAUGAGAAUGUUAAUGGUAGUUGUAAAGCUACAAAUGUAGGAAUCAUUGAAGUUGAAAGAAUUGUUGGAGGUGAGGAGGAAGAGUUGUUAUUGGCUCCUCGCAGCCCUAAUGGAGAGAGAGAAAAUUUCUCCCAGCCAAAUACUGCUAGUUAUGAUAUGUUUCCUAGACGUAAGUUCAAAAGAUUCAGAAAGGCAGAUUGUGAAGAUAUGAUGCCUCUGAAUAAAAAGCAAACAAGUAGACAUGAGACCAAGAUCAUAUGUUCAGCUACUGAAUUUUCUGUUUCGCAAAAGAAAUUGUUGAAGCCCUCCUCCAAGACGAAGGGAAUUGACAAGGAUAAAAUGGCUCGGAGACCGCAAUCACACAACUUAGAGCAUCACCAGGCUGUUGCCACUCCCAAAGAGAACCAGCAGUGUGAAACAAAUCAAAAGCCAAUCAGCAUAGUGCAGAAAUUAAAACGGAAUUGUGAUGGCAUGCAUGUUAAUGAAAGAAAUGGACGCCAUAAAUCUGUUUCUCCUAAGGAUCAACCGGAGAAAAGGGAAUUUCCAAUUUUUGAAUCUUAUGUUGUAGAAGAAGAAGAAGGUUCAGGCGGUUAUGGCACUGUUUACAGGGCACGGUUAAAAAAUGACGAGAAAAAGGUCGCCAUUAAGUGCCCGCAUGCUAAUGCUCAUAAGCAUCAUGUUAACAAUGAGUUAAGGAUGCUGGAAAGGUUUGGGGGCAAAAACUUUGUGAUAAAAUAUGAAGGCCAUAUCAAGAAUGAAAGUUCCAGUUGCUUUGUACUGCAGCACGUUGAGCAUGAUAGGCCUGAGGUUUUAAAGCAAGAGAUAGGUCUUUCUCAUCUACAUUGGUACGGCUAUUGCUUGUUUAAGGCAUUGGCAACCCUUCAUAGACAGGGAGUAGUACAUAGAGAUGUUAAACCUGGAAACUUCCUUUUCUCUCGAAGGGCCAACAAGGGUUACCUCAUAGAUUUCAAUCUUGCAACGGAUUUGCAUUUGAAGCCUGGAACAACUCGUAAGCUUUCGUCUCUUCCAUGCAAAUUAAAAUCUGGAGAUGAUGUAAAUUGCUAUGAUGAGAAAAUUACAAAUGCGAUAUCUGUACCUAGAACCCCACUUCAGAAGUUGUCAAUUUCUAAGUCUUCAAUAAUAGCCAAUGGGGAGACCAAAAAAGGUCUCAAAUCCACUUUUGAUCUUAAGGACUUGAAAAAAAAGGCUUUCAGCCAAAUGAAGCCCUACAAUUCUUCGGGUAGCUGGAGCGUAAUCAAAAGUCAGGGUGCAGAUGGCUCAGGUAUAACGUCAGUAAAGGAUGUGAGUAAUAUCAGGACGACUUCAGUAGAAAGUCUGAUGGAACCUUUGCCAUCCCAAGGAAGGAAAGAGCUCAUCAACAUAGUACAGGAAGCAAUGCAGAAUCGAAACCAUAUAUCAUCAGGUGUUUCGGCUCCUAUGAGAAAGAGGAUUCCUGCCCCUCCUAGAAAUGAGGAUGACAAGCUUUUCUGUAUCACUCCGAUGCCUCUGCACUCAACUGGCAAUGGUGUUGGUGGUGCAGCCUUGAUCAGAAGCAGAGGGAGUGGAAAGCAGAAAAAAGAAGGUCCUUGUGCUGGAACUAAAGGAUACCGAGCUCCGGAGGUUCUCCUGAGAUCCCCACAUCAAGGCCUCAAGCUUGAUAUCUGGUCUGCCGGUGUCACUCUACUCUACUUCAUGAUUGGCAGAACGCCCUUUGGUGGCGAUCCCGAACAGAACAUAAAGGACAUAGCAAAGUUGAGAGGCAGUGAAGAUUUAUGGGAAGUUGCCAAGCUACACGACCGCGAAUUAUCAUUUCCAGUGGACCUCUAUAGUGCAGAGUCUUUGCCAUCUCUCAAAUUGCAGGAUUGGUGUAGAAGGAGCACAAAGAGGCCGGAUUUCUUCAACGAAAUCCCUAGACCGCUUUUUGAUCUGGUGGAUAAGUGCUUGACAGUGAACCCGAGGGUUAGGAUAAGCGCCGAGGAAGCACUUCGACAUGAGUUUUUUGCUCCAUGCCAUGAAGAGCUGAGAAAGCUGAGGCAUCAGAGGCUGGUGCUGUAACUUGGAACGCAAGAAAUGGCACCAGUUUAAGAUGCACAAAACAUCAUUAGGACUAAUCGGCUGGCAUUAGAGUCUUGGUAAUUGGCAUCCAUGAAAAAUGUUGUAUAGUUACAGCCUUGUUACACUAUACGAUGGGGGAGUAAGUUUAGUUUGAACUCGUCGUCAAUUAGUUUCAAACUUGAGACCUCUCACUAACUAGUGAAGAGGAAUACUAUUACACCGUAGAACUAAGUGGCGUAAAAUAUGUAACUAGUUGGAUCAUGUACUGCAAUAGAAAUUGAAAAUCAUUUGCACAUGUGCU